AUGGGAAUAAAACUGCGACACCUGCUGAUGUUCCUUCUCAUCAUCCUGAAGGAGCCCAACAUGCCAGAAGCCGACUGCAGAUGUUUAUCAUCUCUGAUCUGCUGGUGCAAAAACAAGAGCCUCACCAGCAUCCCUCAGAACCUCCCAACAUUCCUAAACCAGCUAGAUAUGAGACAUAACCUGAUAUCAACGAUUCAGUCUGGUGCAUUUGUAAAUCUAGCCCAGCUACAAAAGUUGGUUUUGUCCAACAACCAGAUAACAAUGCUUCAGGCAGGUACAUUUGUAAAUCUACCUCAGCUACAAGUGUUGGACCUGUCCAACAACCAGAUAACAAUGAUUAAGGAAGGUUCAUUUGCAAAUCUGCUCCUGUUACGAACGUUGUGGCUUAUCUGCAACCAGAUGAAAAUGAUUCAUGCAGGUACAUUUGCAAAUCUACCCCAGCUACAAGAGUUGCGCCUGUCCUUGAACCAGAUAACAGUGAUUCAGCUACAAGUGUUGUACCUGUCCGGCAACCAGAUAACAACCAUUCAGGCAGGUGCACUUGCAAACCUGCCCCAGUUAAACAAGUUGGCCCUCUCCGGCAACCAGAUAAUGAUUCAUGAAGGUACAUUUACAAAUAUACCCCAGCUACAAGUGUUGUACCUGUUGUCCAACCAGAUAACAAUGAUUGAGGAAGCUACAACGGUUGUUCCUGCUGCACAACCAGAUAACAAUGAUUAA